AUCCGCUACAGCUCAGCAAUCAUUUCAAUUAAGCUGACUUCCAAUACAUCUCGACUGCAUCGUGUGAGGUAGGCAUCUUGCAUAUUGCCAAGACCAAGCUUAGCUUCGCGCUGCAGCUCGGUGAACUUCCCAAGUUAUCAAUCACGACCACCAAUACGUCCAUCGCCCAACACCACCACAAUGCUUGCAAGAAGCGCCCUAUGUCCGGCGAGGGCAUUCGCCAGCCGCUAUCCGCCCGCGAUCCUCGCGCCAUGCUCGACUGCCGCAGCUUCCUUCUCCACAUGCACACGACCAAGCAAGCUCCAGCAGCAGUCGCAAACACCUUUCUGCACACAACAACGCGCCGUUCCUAGCAAAAUUGCCGCACGAAAUGCCUCCACUUCGCCCUCAACACCAGCUGCCAAGCCCACUACCGGUGCAUCAGCGCUCACAUGGAACGACUUCUUUGCUCUACGCCGGACGCGCCGAAGGAUUGGACAGGCCUCUUCAGGUAUCAGCGCUAUUGGAGUGACGUACUACGGAUUGACAUUCAUGAUCAACAAUGGCUACGACGCUGUUCUGUCGGAGCAAUUGGGCGGUUUCGACCCAAUGAUGCUGAUGGGACUGAGCACGCUGGGCAUGCUGGCUGCUGGAUGGCUCAUUGGCCCCAUCUUCGGCAACCAGGUCUUCAAUCUGGCAUACAGAGGCGUUCUUCCCGAGUUCACAAGGAAAGAUUCGGCCUUCUUCAACCGCAUCAAGCGUCACCGCGUCGAUCCCUCCGUCUCCUCGCUCGCAAACCCUCCACCAGACUACUACGGCGAGAAGAUUGGCAGCGUAGCCGGCUACAGGCGAUGGCUGAAGGACCAGCGCGCCUUCAACCUUAAGACAGGCAGACACCAGCGAGGACAGAUCUAAGGAAAUGAUCCAUGGACAUGUCGAAACGCAGAUACAUACACAGGCGGAAACGCCCACCACUUUUCCUAUCUGUAACUGAUCGGCAGCGUUUAGCAUGUCGUAGCACUGGCAUCACGGCGCUUUCACGGCCGGUUUCUUAUUGUUUGUAAAAAUGUCGAACAGCAAAUGGCAAGCUUUUGUACUUGUACACUAUAAUUGUCAAGCGUCAUCUCCCCUCUCUGGG